AUUAUUUAUGUCAUUGUUAACUUUUGGGAACCUCAUAAGAAAUUUACGAUUGCCAAAAUCACAUGGAAUUUGAUUAACAUCGCCACUGGACGACACUGUAGCCUUUCUUGUUGAGAAGUUAAGUCUAGCUAGAUGAAACUAGGCAUGAUCUAAAUCCUGCCUUUAAAUCAAAUGCAAAUAUUUUGACAACCCCAGUCAGACCGGCACUUUCAGCUUCAGUAUUUUCAAUUCACGACUCACUUAAAACUAUUUACUAAUAAUUUAGUUGCGUUUACAUUAAUUACUUCCUAAUACCUAAUCAUACUAAAUUAAAGUAUCUAACACUAGUCAGUGUUAAAAGUUAAAGGGAUUGUUGCAAUAUGAAUAUCAACCAGAAUAUAAGUAUGCAAUUGCAAUCAACAAUGACACAAUUCCCUUCCUCCAUGCUAGGAACAUUGGACAUGCAAAUGCAAGUCAAUCCUCAAAUGCUUAAAGAAAAUCCAUUCGCAUUAGAACAAAUGUUUCAAGCAGUUUUAGAAACUAUGAAGCAAAAUCCUCAAAUGGCUACAGUAUUACUGCCUACUGGACUGUCCCCAAAUAAUGCUCUAUUAAAAGACCAACCAGAAAAAAAUAAUAUACAUUCUUUACAAAGAAACAUUCAACAAAUUAAAACUGAUAUUACCAAAAGCCUUAAAAUGUCAAGGUAUGAAAAACUACUGAUUAGCGAUAAAUUAUUUUUAGAGGAAUGGAAGAAAAGUGAGACAGCUAUUGAUGACAUUGAUAACACCACUGAUUUGAGUUUACUUAUGGUUUGUGCUGUACUUGGAAACACUGAACUGGGAUAUAAGCUGCUGGAAGAAGGAGCACAAGUUGACUUGAAUAAUAAAGCCGGCCACACUGCACUCAUCUUUGCUUGUAUUCUCGGUGAGGAAGAAUUUCUUGAAUUAUUGCUAAAAUAUAAAGCAGAUGUAAAUGUUAUUGAUAAAAAUCAAGUCAGCGCUCUAAUUCAUGCCACACUUUCUGCUAAUUUCGAAAUAGUCAAAAUAUUAUUACAGCAUAAAGCAGAUAUUCAAAGCUGUACCCUAGGAGGUCAUGAUGCUCUUCAUAUUGCUGCAGAAAAGGGGUUGACUGAAAUUUUAGAUUGGCUUCUUGUUAAAGGAAAAGCAGAUUUGGAAUCUAAAGACUUAAAUGGCUUUACACCACUUAUGAGAAGUGCAUUCCAUAACCAUUCUCAAAUUGCUCAGCUGCUGGUGGACAAUGGUGUAGAUGUCAAUGUAGCAAACAGUGCAGGAAACACAGCAGUACACAUAUAUGCAGACAACAAAGGAAUUGACUGUUUAAAAAUUAUUUUAAAACAUGGUGCUGAUGUUAACUACCCAAAUAAAUCCGGCAUCACUCCCCUCAUGUUUGCUGCAUUAAAAGAUGACACACAAAUAGUUGAGAAGUUAUUGAAAGAUAAAACUCUCAAUUCAAUAGAUGCUAGAGAUAAACUAGGUCGAACAGCUUUGCACUAUAGUGCUUCUCAAGGAAAACACAGAGUUAUCGCAAGAUUAAUUAAAGCCAAAGCAAAUUUAAAUAUUGCAGAUAAGAAAGGUCUCACACCAUUCAUGUAUGCUUGUGUGACUGGCAAUGAAAUGGCGAUUUCCACCUUCAUGAAAUGUAAAAAUUAUUUCAACCAUGAAUAUUUUAUGGCUUUGUUUAUAAGUGUGAUAAACAACCAUGAACAAGUUGUCAAGACACUGCUGUCACAGUUCAAGAAUGAUCCCAAGCCUCUUAGUAUAACUUAUGAAUGGCGUCAAUUGGGACCAUAUAUUCCACUACUGCAUGCAGCGUCUCAAGUUGGAAACAGGGAAAUUAUGAAAUUACUUUUAAAAAAUGGUGAAGAGGUUAAUGCUGUAAAUGCCCUCGGUCAAACUGCCUUAAUGGUGGGAGUUAUCCUUGGACACCAGGAUAUUGUCCAGAUACUGAUAUCUCAUACAGCUGAUGUGAAUAUUUCAGACAUAAAUGGUGACACACCACUCAUUAUUGCUUCUUUAAAUGGGCACACGGAAAUUGUAAAAUUUCUGUUAAAAGCAAAAGCAUCAACACAUUUGUCAAAUGCUCAAAGUAGAACAGCUCUAAUGCAAGCAGCUUGCAGUGGUAAAUUAGAUGUCAUAAAACUGCUUAAUGAACCAGCAAGGAACCUUAAUGACAUGGAAACUGAGGGUUGGACAGCAUUAAUGUUAUCUGCUCAGCUUGGACACACCCAAAUUGUUAAAUACCUGCUUGAAAAAGGUGCCUCACAUACAAAGAGAUCAAGGCAAGGUGUAACUGCUUUGAUUAUUGCCGCUGGAAACGGUAGAGCAGCAACUGUUGAAGAAUUAAUUAACCAUGGAGCACUAGUUGAUGAAAAAGGUUUCAAUGGCAUGACACCAUUGUUAAUUUCAGCUCAGUGUGGCCAUGGGAAUGUUGCAGACAUUUUGAUAAAAAAAGAUGCUGAUGUAAACAGUACUUGCAGUGCAAUAGCUUACAAUACACCACUUGCUUUGAGUGUUAUGCGUGGCGACAAAGUUAUUGUAGCAAGCCUGUUAGAGGCUAAAGCAAAUACCAACAUUGUCAACUCUGAUGGAUUCAGUCCACUGCACUUGGCUUGCAUUGGUAGACACCCAGAUAUAGUUAAAAUGUUGAUCAACUCUGGUGCCCAAGUUGAUAAGGUUGACAAAAACAUGAGAACACCUUUGAUGUACGCAGCAGAGAAAGGAGACGGAGAAAGUAUUAGAUUUCUCCUACAGAAAGGAGUAGAUUGUAAUCUUUAUGACUCAAAAGGUUGGAAUCCGCUUAUGCUUUGCUCUCAACAUGGCCUAACUGCUUGCAUGGAAAUUUUUUUGGGACAAACUCGAGUAAAUAUUGAAGCUAAAGAAACAUCAGGACACACAGUUUUGAGUAUAUGUGCUGCUAAUGGUCUUAGAGAUGCCAUUUGUUUGUUGCUUUCUAAGGGAGCCGAUCCAAAUACUUCAAAUAAUCUAGGAUUCACUCCCUUAAUGCUUAGCGCAAUCAAUGGCCAUCUUGAAGUGGUCAGAACUUUGUUGAACAAUACAUUCAAAAAGGCAUCAUUAGAAAUGUUAGAGCCAGCUGAAAAUAGAACAGCUCUUCUCCUAGCAGCUCAAAGUAAUCGAGCAAAUGUAGUCAAGGCUUUGAUUGAUGCUAAAGCAAACAUAAACUCAAAGACCAAAGCAAAUCUUACAGCAUUGCACAUAAGUGUUAGGCUGGGCAAUGCAGAAGUUGUUGCUGAGCUUACAGAGAAGAAAGCAGAUCUUGAAAUAGCCGAUCUGUCUGGCAACACGCCACUGCUAACCUGUGCUGUGAGUGGGACCCACCAUGUAAUGAAACACCUCCUGGACUUUGGUGCUGAUGCCAGUCACAAGAAUCACAAUGGUGAAACUGCCCUUCAGAUCAGCAUUGCGAAGAAAUGUCGCCAGGCUGUCAGACUACUCUUAGAUAGAAGCAACAUGUCGGAAUCAGAGAAACAAAUAUUUGUUGCUAUGGCCAGAGGAGACCCUGUGAUAGAGGGAAUGAUUCAACAAUUUACAGUUCUGUCAGAUGAUGAUGAUGGUGAGUUUAUUAACUCAAUGAUUCCUAAUUAUCAUGAACCUCAAUAAAAUUCUUUGACAUUUUAUCAAAUGACCUUAACUAAAUAGGCCUACUAUUUAAGCAUAGUGUAAUACACCACACUUUUUCUUUCAUAUUUGGGAGUGAUUGGCCUAAGAUGUGAGGCCAAUAAGUUGACAGAACUCAAUGAUUUUAUUGUUUUAUUUCAUAUUCAAAUAAAAGCAUUUUAUUAAUUUUGCAAAAACAAAAAAAGAAUAAUGUGACAAUUUCUUGUAUAUCCUUACACAAAAUUUCUACUGCCAUCAUCUGUACGGGCUCUUAAGUAAUGAGAUUUAGUACAUAUUGAGGUCUUAAUUUUUUAUUUUAAAAAAAUAACUUUCUUUAUUUUUGUUCCCUUUUAAUCCAUUAACACUACAGAUUUAAAACAUUAAAAAUUUUCGUUAAGUCAGCCAAUCAAUUUUUACUUUCAACUUUUAGUAACAAAAUAAGACAAGACAUAUUAAUUUAUUUUGUGCAAAAUAUCAUUCAAUCUUCUAUUUUGUAUUUUUUUAAAAUUAUGCAGUAGUUAUUUCAGGAAAUGUUACUAUUUAAACAUUAAACAUCAAUUUUUAAGAUGUUCAAGGUGAAGAAUUUAUGGGAGCAGUUUUUUCAAAACCCAGCAUCAUAAAAAGAUAUUAAACUUUAGACUGAUUUCCAAAUUAGAAGAAUCCCCAUACCCCUCACCUACCACCCCUCACCCCCACCAUUUCAAUCUAUUUACUGUAAUUUAUGAUUUAGCAAUGGGCCUAACAUAAGAUGCAUUUCAUCACUUUCAGUUCAUCAUCAUUUAAACAUCAGUUUAAGAUAAAAAGGGUUAGGACAGAUUACUAAUCGAAUAAAAUGUGAUUACAGGUUACCACAGCUUUUAUGUUUAAAGGGAUUGAAAGAGAAUUAUUGGUAAUAUUUGUAAUUAAAAUAUGCAGGAGCCCCUCGUGUGAGAAGUGCAAUAAAAAAAACUUCAGACGAGUUACCUGUGACAACUUUAAACACCGAUCCAGUUGACUCAAGGUAAGUUAAUAAGAUAAGAUAAGAUAAGAUAUUCUUUUAUUGAUCAAUCCAAAUAAAUGGAAAUAUUUUUUAAAAUUAAAUUUUACAAGUUCAUUUUCAGCACGUAACUAAAUGCAUUUUUUAAAACAUUUUACGAUUUAAACACAAGUAUUUCUCUAGCAUAAAAAUCAGCCAUCCUUAUCAUGCACCCCAAAAAAAUAAUAAUGAAAAUAAAAAUUAUUUCCCUUGCUGGUCAUAAUGACUUAAUUAAAGAUCAUUUAGAUUUGUUAACUGCUGGGGAGAACGCUGGUAAAUUUUAAAUAAGUUGAUCUGAUGACUCCAAUAAAGAUGUGUAAUGUAUGUGACACAGGUCUUUGACUUUUGUUUCUAAUCUGAUCAUUUUGUUAAAUAUUAAACAUUAUUUUGUGAAAUGUUCAAUUACUGGUAUGUCACGUGUCUAUUCAAUUAUAUUGUAAUGUUUAUCAAUUGUAAUGUAAAGUAUAUCUCUUGUAAUAAAUAAAUAAUAUAUAUCUCUCUCUAUAUAUAUAUACAUUUAUUUAUAUAUAUGUAUAUUUAUUUAUUUUAAAUAUCUAUUAAUAUUUACAUAUUUAUAUACAAAUGUUAUUGUAAAAAUCCAUUUCAAAUCAUAAUAAAAUCAAAACUGUUGUUCUUUUUAAAUUUAGAUGACAUUUUAAGUUUAGCAUAGUGCCCAAAUGAAUGUGAGGUUUAUUUCCUUAUUGACAGUUCAACUGAAGUGGAGACCUUAGAAGAAAGGAAAGUCAUGAACAUCUAUGUCAAUACAGAUGAGAAAGCCUCAUUCGAUUUCAGUAAAGCUAACAUUCAAAACUUGUAAGUCUUAUGGAACUAUCUAAAAUUAUAAUAAGUGGACCUUGUCUGCCCUCUCUCAUUGCGCACCCUGAUGCACUCUCAUUUGCUGCUUCCACCAUCAUAUGCUUGAUUACUUACUCACCAAAUGCAUACAAAAGAACUCAUUCUCCAAUAAACUCCUUCUUUAUUGAUGCAUGUGUCUCUAUGAAGGUAUUUAGAAAAUUCUUAAGACUUUAUAGAGUCAAUACAUCUAAGCAUUGGUGGAGCUAUGGGUCACCAUCUGGAAUUAUUAUUAUAGAUUAUGCACCAUAUUUUUCAUCACAGUAUGGUUGCAUAGUCCCAGCUAGCUAAUUAUAUCUGUCAAUAAGAUUUAGGGAAAAAAAUGUAAUCUUUCUAGAAAAAUAAAUAAAAAGUGUGAAAAAUUAGUAGGGUAGUGGAGUAGUGAUCUAUCCCCUGGUAAACCCAUUAAUAUUGUAUCCACUUGUUAUGUCCACUACUUCUUCCUAUACUCUCUAAGAAUGUAUGUUAGUCUAAGAAUAUAUGUUGGAGGAAAUGUACCUGUCCUUUUGCCUUCUUUCAUUUCUUUCAGUAGGUAUCUCGUAUUUAUUUCAUGACCUUUUUUAAAAAAACAACUGAUUGAAGAAUUUUAGAGAAAGCAGACAAGACCCAUGGUGGAGGUUAGGUCGCAGGCAGCAGAGUCUAGUGACACAGAUGCGUUCAGAGCACUGUCCCAUCGGCACAUUUUUCCAAAGGCUAGAUAAUAACAGAGACCCUUCCUGCCAGCAUUGCAGCCAGGACCUAGAAACACUAGCGCAUCUGUUGACCAAAUGUCCCUCACUAGAUGUUUCGAGGGAAGGCCAGGGCAGUUGGAGAGCCCUACGUAAGGAAAAUGUUAUAUGACACAGCUCAGCAGAUGGAGCUGGUUGCCAAUGUACCAGCCGGGGUCAUAAUAGAAUAAUCUCAGACCUUCCCCAGAAUGUGUGCGUUAGAGCAAACUAUUUAUUUUGUGUUUUUUCUUGUUUGAUUAAAGCUAAACAAUCAUCCUAAGCUAAAUAGCAGACCUACUGUCUUAUUAAAAUGACUUUAUCUAACACAAGUUAAUGCGGCUAUGUAUUGUAAAUACUGGACAAGGCUGAUGUGGAAUUUCCAGCAUCAGUUGGUGUGUGAAUUAAGAACAAUGUUUUUUGCGUAUCCAUCCACUGAAUGCAAACUCCUUCAUCCGUUUGACAAAAGAAAAGUUCAUUAUUAUAAGUUUGUGGACUUAUCAUUUCAGAGUUAUCAACCAAAACAGCAAAACCGUUGUAGAAAACACUCCAAAAGUGGCCAUUGGUGAAAGGAGCAGCACAGUGACUUGUCAUAACUCAAUGAAAGCGAGAAACAUGGCUGUAAAUGACAGUACCAUCAUUGAUCGAUCUGGUGACUCAAAUUAACCACCAGAAGUAUUCAUUCAGAGACUGAUGUAAGUUUAAUUUUUUUAUAUGGAUGUGAAUAUAAAUCUAGAUUCUCCUCACUGGUGACUGGAAAUAGGGAAAAGAUUGGUCUUGCACUUUUUAUUUAUUUGUUCAAAGUCUUGCAGAUCUUCGAUACACUAAUAAUAAUUUUUAUUCAUCAGGAUCUGGACGAAUAAAAGGACUUUAUGACUGGAAUAACAAUAUAUAUGUAAAUUCAAUCCUGCGAUCCUUUGUAAAGAGGGUUAUAUAUCCUGUUGUUAAGUACCUAGUAGCUUAUCAGUCUUGUAUGCUCACAGUAG